UUCAUCCUGAGUGAUUUUUGUGUGUGGAUUAUUCGAUAUUUGUCAUCGAUAGGAGUAGCUAACACUGCUGGUGAAUAUGCCGAUUGGAAGUUAGCAUUUUGUUUUUAUUGAGAACACAAACGCCGUCCGUUGGACUACUUUGUGAAGUCUAAGCGGAAAUGUUAAGCGUGGAGUCGUUGCAAGUGGCUGAGGAGGAGGUGGUUGAAUCCAGCUCCAGUAAACUCGGGGACAUUUACACUUUUGUGGCUAAAGGAUGCUUUCCUCAGACGAUGAGUCCUUUACGAAAGAAGAAUCUUAAAAGAUACGCCCAGAAAUUUAUAAUUGAUGAUGGCAAGCUGUACUAUGUGGGACCCAAGAAAGAAGAGAAGAGGGAGGUGGUGAUAGAGGCUGAGAGGAAGAGGCAGGUAUUUCUCGACUGCCACUUCAAUGACAUCGGUCAUCACCUGGGCCAAAAGAAGACUGUCCACAGGAUCCAGAGCAAGUACUACUGGCUGGGGAUCAUCAAGGACGUGGUUGACUGGAUAAAAGUAUGCAAGACCUGUCAGCACACAGAGAGGAAUAAAAACCUGGCAAGGACUGUUCGCCCUAUAAAAGUGGAUGCACCUUGGGAUAUUGUUGGGAUUGACAUUACAGGACCUUUCCCAGAGACACUGCAAGGCAACACCAGUGUCACAGUCCUCAUUGAUUAUUUUAGUAAAUGGCCUGAAGCUUUUCCAGUACAGAAGAGAGAUGCUCUCUCUGUUGCGAAAUGUAUCUCCAAAUGCAUAUACAGGUUUGGUGCCCCUAAAACAAUAGUGUGUACACAGAAUGCUGACUUCUGUGAUGAGGUGACAAAGCUGCUGGGCGACAGGUGGAGCAUUGUGCAGAAGGUGUCUCCUCUGGAUCAACCUCAGCUCAACCCGCUCCAUGACUGCACGAGUCCUCUACUGAAGGAAGCCAUUCUGCAAAUGGUAACAGAGAAGCAGGCGGAAUGGGACGACUUCCUGGACCCUGUGCUGUUCCUCUUCAGGACGUCCACCAACCCUACGACCAAGUUCAGCCCCUACUCCCUCAUGUUUAACAGGAAAGCUAAUUUACCAAACGAGACUACUUUGAGCCUGCUCAACUAUGAUGACCAAGAGCAGGAUAUGUAUUCCACAAAGGAGAAGGCCUCGGCGUAUAUGACCAUAAUGCAGGAGCAGCAGAACUCUGUGAAGCAGCUGGUGAUGGCCAAUAUGAACGCUGCCUACAAACAAGAGAAGAAGAAGAACACCACCAAGCGGAGAACACAUAACAUGCGCUCGAUGACUUUUAAAAUCGCAGAUCCUCUUUUCUGUGCUGCAGACUCGCCCUCCCCGAAAAAACUGAAAGACGGUAUAUAUUUAUCUUUCCCUGUGGAGACGGUGCUGGCCACCGAGCAAAGCAGCUCAGAGGACUUGAAGACGGAGUUGGAAUAUCACUUAGCCGAGUCUGACAUCCACUGAGGACGACCGGGAAGAAAAUUGUAGAGUGAACAGAUGAGUGGCGCACGACGAUGAUGUCAUGAGCGGCCUUGGAAGUCUUGGACAGAAGAUGGAAAUUAUGAUUAUUGCUGCUAACGCUCACGUUGUUCACUGGUGUUUGGAACCAAGAAUACAAACGAGAAAAAAGACACUGAACAUUGGUCCACAUGAAUUUUUUAGCGUAUUCCUCUUUUUCCAUAAAAACCUUGUUUCCCAUGAAAAUAACUUAUUUGUUUUUCUUCAUAUGUGUCAUACAAUAUAUAUAUAUAUAUAUAUAUUUUUUUUACAAUACUUUAAAAUAAAAGUAUAGUUUAAUUUG